AUGGCUACUGCCACUUGUGAGUUGAAGUGGCUAAAAGGUCUGCUGUCAUCUUUGGGUAUAUCUCAUCCUCAACCUAUACGCUUGUUUUGUGACAAUCAAGUUGCUCUGCACAUUGCUGCAAACCCUAUCUUCCAUGAGCGACCAAACAUAUUGAAGUUGAUUGUCAUUUCAUUCGCAAUGAGCUCCAAGCCGGCACCAUUGCGCCUUCCUAUGUCCGUACCGGUGAACAAGUUGCCGACAUUUUCACAAAGGCUCUUGGACAAAAACAGUUUGAUUUUUUCCUUCCCAAGCUGGGCAUUCGCAAUCCUCAUGCACCACCUUGAGGAGCAAGAACUCCGAUCGAAUUUUGCGUUGACUUCUUCACAACAACUCACUCUUGGACCCAAAUUCGUAGCAGCGAAAGCAAGUCCAUCUCUGGUUAUUGAAGCAAAGGCCACAACCAGGAGGGAAGACAGGCUUGCUCGACAUGCCCGUAUUAGAAAGAAGGUUGAAUGGACACCAGAGAGGCCAAGGUUGUCUGUCUUUCACUCCAACAAGCAUAUCUAUGUCCAGGUGAUCGAUGACACUAAGAUGCACACCCUUGCUUCAACUUCAACAAUGCAGAAACCCAUAUCUGAAGAAUUUGAUUAUUCUCCUGGACCUACAGUUGAAGUGGCAAAGAGGGUUGGUGAAAUCAUUGCUAAGAACUGUUUGGAGAAAGGAAUGACAAAGGUAGCAUUUGACCAGGGUGGUUACCCUUACCAUGGGCGUGUUGGUGUUGAAGCCCUUGCUAAUGCUGCGAGGGAACAUGGUCUUCAAUUCUGAAACUUGGUAGUUACUUUUUCUGUUUCUCCAAGCACUCAACAUUGUUUUAUGUUUUACCCUUUUUU